AUGAAAUCACUUAUUAAACCACCACCACCUCGUACAUCAUGGGAACUUUUACUCGAUAAUUAUUUAAAAGAUCCUAAUUUUAAAUCAAGUUUAACACCUAAAUUAUCACCAAAUAAUUCUCCGUCAUAUACAAAAUCAACACUUCCUUUACCUCAGCCAAUUUCACCUAGUCCUUUUCAACAAACAUUUAUUCCACCAUCUUAUUAUCAAAAUCCACUGUAUUCAUCUUAUGUUUCACAUCAAGCAAAACCUUGCCUUCCUCCACGUCGUUAUCGAAUGACUCUUGAUGAACUUGUUUAUUUAAUUAGUCAAGUUGGUCGAUCUGAUUUAUAUCGUGAAAUGGUACAAUAUCUUAAAGCACAACAAUUAUCAACAUCAUCAAAUAUAUCAUCUGAAUUUAAUAAUAAACCAUCAAAUAUGAAUGCUAACCCAAAAAGAACAAUAAAAAACUCAUUUUUAUUGAACAAUUUCAAGAAACAAUAUCAUGGUUCUCUUCAAAUUCAAGAUGAAUUAAUUAAAAAAUUGAAUCAAUUAAAAAUCAAUAAAAAAAUCAAAUAA